UAGGAGCCCUUUGUGAAGGGGAGGCCCCAGCUCUGUGAUGUGGGCCUGGGCCCUAAUAACUAGUCCCAGAGGGGAUGCCCAGGGCUCAGUUGCCUGAGGACAGCAGUGCAGUUGACAUGGAUAUUCUCUUUCCUCUGCACAGUGUUAUUGGUACAGAGCUGUGCCCCAGCUCCAUUCCCCAGAUCAUCCAUUUCGUCCUCUUCCUUGUGUUCAGCCUGGUGAUCCUGAUUAUCUUACGCCUCUACAUUCCCAGGGAGCCGUCCUCAGUGCCUCCCAGAGAGGACAGCGAGAAUGAUCAAGCUGAAGUGGGGGAAUGGCUCAGGAUCGGAAAUAAAUAUAUCACUUUGAAAGAUUACAGAAUUCUCUUGAAAGAACUGGAGAACCUUGAGAUCUACACUUUCCUGUCGAAAAAGCGCCUGAAGAAGCUCUCUAGGGAGGGCAGCUCCCAUCACCUUCCACGCCAAGUCCGCCCAGGGCCAGUGUACAAACGAGCACCUGCUAGGAACCACCGGCCACGUGGGGGGCGUGGGAAAGCUUCUCCCACCAGCUUCCAUGUGUCCCCACGGGCUCCCCCGGCUCCUCUGGCCUCCAUGCCGUCAUCAGUCCCGAAGACCUCUGUAGAGUCCUUGGGGUAUCUAUCAUCCCUGAGCUCCUCCAAGCCACGAGAGCCUCUGUGUCCCCUGAAGCACCCUUCACACCAGCCACCUGCGAGCACCCUAUCACCAAACCCGACCACCUCCACAGAAUCCUUGGGGGAGACCCCACAUGCAGGCAGGUGGAGGCAGGGGUCCCGCUUUCCUCAGCCUGGAUGUGCCAACGCUGCUGGACGCACAAGACACCAAAACCCCAGACACUCCCAUGGACACCAAAUAUCCGACAUCCACGAACAAUUGGGAAUCUCCUGAGGACAACUUGGAGAUGGAGUCUCACUCUGUUGCUCAGGCUGGAGUGCAGUGGCACCAUCUUGGCUCACCACAACCUCCGCCUCCCGGAUUCAAGUCAUUCUCCUGCCUCAGCCUCCCGAGUAGCUGGGAUUACAGGCUCGUGCCACCGCACCCAGCUAAUUUUUGUAAUUUUAGUCGAGAGAAGGUGUCACCAUGUUGGCCAGGCUUGUCUUGAACUCCUGACCUUGAGAUAUCUGCCCACCUCAGCCUCUCAAAGUGCUGGGAUUAUAGGCUUGAGCCACCACGCCCGGAUGAAUCACAAAUUGUAAACCUGAAUAAAAUGCUGCAACCUCCAAUGAGAGGAAAAUAUC